AGAAGCUAGGCGCUCCCGGCGUUGGAUUCGCUGGGAUUUGCGCUCCAGCUUCGGAUUUCUUUAUUGUUGCUCACCCCUCACCUGCAUUUGCCCUGUGAAUAAGCGACGACCAAAAUCACUUUUUGAGCCUCGAAAAAGCACAUAGCAAUUAAUUCUCCCAAAUCAAGCGGGAUACAUAUUUGAUUUCUUUUUUUUUCAGAUCAAAACAGAAAGAAGAGUAAGAAACCGCAAACAUGGAAACAUUUACCAAGAAAACCCUCAAAACGGCGCGGGGGUUCGACUACGCCUACUACACGACGCCCAACAUUAACCCUUCAUCCCCGACCCUCCUCUUCGUCCACGGCUUCCCAGACCACGCCUUCAUGUGGGACGAGGUGGUGGCGCACGUGCUCUCCAACCCCUCCCUGGCGUCGUACAACGUCGUGGUCCCCGACAAGCUCGGCUACGGCGGCAGCUCCAAGCCGACCGACCCGGCGGCCUACGCCUUCCCCGCCAUGGCGGACGAGCUGGCCGAGAUCCUCGACGCCGAGGGCGUGACGCAGCAGGUGGUGGUCGUCGGCCACGACUGGGGCUCGUUCCUGGCGCAAAACUUGUUCUGGUUCCACCGCGCCCGCGUCGUCGGCCUGGCCAUGGUGUCGGUCGCCUACAUGCCGCCCGACCCCACGGGCAAGCGCGACAUGGCCGCCUCGGCCGCCCUCUUCGAACGGACCUUUGGCUACUCGCAGUUUGCCUACUGGGACCUGCUGACCGCCCCCGACGCCCCCGCGCUCAUGCGCGCCAACCUCGAGCGCGUCUACGUCGCCCUCCACGGCGACCGGCCCGACUGGAUGCGCGACAUCUUUUGCACCCCGGGGGCGUUUCGCGCCUUUGUCGAGGGCACCCACCCCGAGAGCGGCAAGGUGGCGCUCAAGCCGUUUGCGCAGACCGAGAAGCGCCGGCGCCAGUUCAUCGACCGCUUCCGCAGCGAUGGGUUCGACGCCCCCGUGCAGUACUACGUCGCGGGCAAGAUCGGCACGCUGGCGGAGAACGCGAGGCGCGUCGGCCCGGAGGCGCUGCGUGCGGACUUGCCGGUGCUGUUUGUCGGGUCGACGGGCGAUGCGGUCUGCCGGCCUGAGCUGAUUGAGGGUUCGGCCAAGGCGGGGUUGCUGCCGGAUUUGGAAAAGCACGUCAUACAGGAUUGCGGGCACUGGAUCCCCAUGGAGAGGCCCACGGAGCUUGGGGGUUAUUUGGCGGCGUGGUUGGAAAAGAAGUUUGCUGCGGCGGACAAGGCUUGAGUUUGCUGGGUCGGGUUGUCUUUUUGCGCAAGAAAUUUGUAUAGACUCGAUGAAUUCUAGAGCAAGCUUUUAGAGGUUAUCUUUAGCAUCGCAACGGCCAAAGAGAAUAUGUUAAUCUUGUCAAUUUCUUCUAUGAUCAUUCUCACCCGCACAGGGG